AUGGAAUUAGAUUUAGCCAAUAGAAAACGUGUAGAACCAUUUGUUUCAUCCUACAUGUAUUGGUUGUCAAUAAAUGAUCCUAACAAAGUUUUUACUGAUAUUAUUAUUAAUGAAAUGGAAAAAAAAAUAGGAGAAAUUUUAGAAAAGAAAGAAAAAGAAGAGAUUGAAAAAAAAAAGUUACAAGGUAAGAAAAAAAAUGGUGUUUUUCAGAGCAAGGAACCUGAUUAUGGAUGGUUAAAAGAUGUUAAACUCAAAGAAAGAAAAAAAUUAAGUUAUGUUGAAUAUUCUCAUGUUAAUGAUUUAAUUGAAAAACUAGACCAAUCUGAGUGGGUUAUUUUAGUUGAUUUUUGGGGUUGGGAACUUAGUUGUGCAACCACAAGAAGUGAAGUUCUGACAUCAUUUGAAGAGAAUGUUACAAAAAUUAUUGCAAAUAGACUUCAAAUAUCAUCAACUCCUACUUCUGUUGAAGAUGUAGUCAUUAGCAUGAAGCAAUUAAUGGAUAAUGAGGAAUCCCAAAAGAAAGAUGAUUUUGAAACUAGCAGUAUUAAUACUUCUUAUACUACUCUCAGUUUCGAUACUUUAAUAACAUCCAGCAAUGAAUCUAUUCAAUUGCAAGCUGAUGCUAUGAAAAAAUUCAACAAAGUCAUGAAUAUUGUAUAA